UUUUAUGUAAGUAGUUUAUAAUUUGAUAAGAGUGGCUGUAAACUUUGUGCAAGGUACUUCAAAGUGAAUUCAGUUAUAAUGUUGAACCUAACGUUUUUAUUUGCUGUAAUUAUUCCUAUUAAUGGAAUUUACGGAAGGACACAAGACGUUGAUGUCGAUACUAUAUUAGAGAUAAUACAGGCCCAGCAGCAAUUAGAGCAACAAAGAGAACUUAAUCAAGGUAGUUCCGACAGAUCUGAUUAUGAUUCAGACAGUGGCGAUAGUCGUUAUGUAACUUUAAGAAGUGGAGAAUUUAUGAAUCUUAUACAAGAAGCCACUAAUGAGAAAGAAAAAGUAAGAAAAUAUAGGUUAGAUAAACAACGAAAUUAUGCUGACAAGGAUAUGAACAACCUAUAUAAAUAUGUAAAUAAACAGUAUGUGGAUAGUUAUAAAAAUCAAAGUUUUCCACUGGAACAGAUUCUAGAACAAUUAUUAUCACAAACGUCUGAUGUUCAAAAACCGAAAACGAAAUCUUGGAAAGAAGUAACAGGACAAAUAUUGAAACCAAAUAAUCUCUUAGAGUCUUUUAACCAUGGAGACGAUAGUUUGGACAACCUCGAUAAAUAUUCCAAAAUCUAUGUAAUAUUAAAUCCACAAGCUAUUCAGAAGAGUAAGAAUAAAAAUAAUUUGACUGAUCUGAUAUCACAGAUAGUGUCGUUGUCAAGGUCAGCGAACAGAAAUAAAGAUAAUCGUUAUAAAGGGUUCUCUUUUAAAAAUAAUUUAAUGGCCAAACGUUCACGUAGCAAAUCUAAAGAAAUAUACAGUGUAAAGAAUUCAAUGGAAGAUGACUAUAGGCCGAAACGUUCUCGAAACGACCGUGGUGGUGGCAGUGGAAGUGGGGGAAGAACAGCAAUACCUUACCUAAGUAAUCGUGGAGAUAUUUACGAAAGGGAUAAUUAAUAUAAUGAUAAAAUAAAACAAAAUUUAAGGCUUUAUUAAAGAAAAUUAAGAUAAUUCUGUGUAUUUAAUUAUAAUUUCCAACUAAUAAAAAAAAAUACAAGAUUUA